UAUCACUCAAGAAGAGACUGAAACACACAGCUUCCGUCCUCACUUCUCUCACUAAGUGGCCGGUGUGUGGUUCAAAGCCUUACCCAUACCCCAAAUGAAGCUCUCCAUCGGCACUCUCCGUCCCUGCACCGUCCCAUCACCCAAAUGUGUGUCUUCUUCGGUUCACUGCAGUGCCGUCAAACCUGCGGCGGCGGCGGCGACGCUCGGCCAGAGAUGGACGGAGUACCAAGGGGCUCGUAAUUGGGAAGGCUUGCUUGACCCACUUGACGAUAACCUACGUGACGAGAUCCUCCGCUACGGCCAGUUCGUUGGGGCUACUUAUAAUGCUUUCGACUUCGACCCUUCUUCUCCUUCUUAUGCCAAGUGUCGUUUCCCCAAAAGCUCUCUUUUCCGCCGAUGUGGCUUACCUCAUACCGGUUACCAGGUCACCAAGAAUCUACAUGCCACUUCGGGCAUUACAAUGCCCCGAUGGGCGGGUAAGGCACCCAAUUGGUUCUCCAACCAGACCAGCUGGAUCGGCUACGUGGCAGUCUGUGAAGACGAAGAUGAGAUAGCACGUCUUGGACGUCGUGACGUGGUUGUUGCCUAUAGAGGGACUGCCACUUGUCUCGAGUGGUUCGAGAAUCUACGUGCCACGUUGACACAUCUCCCUGGCAAAACCAAUGUGGACAUUGACGAGCCCGAGCCCAUGGUGGCCAAGGGAUUCCUGAACCUUUAUACAUCUGGAACCAAAGAGAUCCGUAGCUUAAGAGAAGAGGUGAGGGAAGAGAUUGGUCGUGUCCUUCAAUCCUACGGCGACGAACCUCUCAGCUUAACCAUCACAGGUCACAGCCUCGGUGCGGCUCUAGCGACUCUCACAGCCUACGAUAUAACCACCAACUUCCGUCAACCACCCUUGGUGACGGUCAUCUCCUUCGGUGCACCACGUGUCGGCAACCGUGGCUUCAGAUGCCACGUGGAAAAUUGCGGAAGCAAAGUACUCCGCAUUGUAAACUCGGACGACCUAGUUACAAAGGUCCCAGGCUUUGUCAUCGAAGACGAAGACGAUGACGUCUCAAAUAAAGAAAAAGAUACCGUCAACGUGGCAGGACUUCCAAGCUGGCUUCAGAGACGCGUGGAGGAUACACUAUUCCAAACCCAAUGGGUUUACGCAGACGUGGGUAGAGAGCUCCGAGUCAGCAGCAGAGACUCACCAUAUCUAACUGGACCCACCACAAAUUUAGCCACAUCACACGAGCUAGAUACGUAUCUACACUUGGUGAAUGGAUUCUUGAGCUCUGAGUGCCCUUUUCGGAAAACUGCAAAGAAAAUGUUGAGUAGACGCAGCGCAGAGAAGGCUCCGGUACUACGGUGA